AUGCAGUCUCCUCCGGGGCAGAAACGGAAAGAAGAGCACAGCGACGACCAAGACGAGACACUGGUCCAGUCCUUCCUCGUUGGGAAAGAGCAAUAUGACACCUUGCGCACCAACUACCGUGUUGAACGUAGCUACCUUGUUGAACAAGGCAUGGAAUGGAGCGACUUAGCCCAGUAUCCGCUUUGUUACCACACUGCCACUUUCAAUAUAUACCGUGUCGACGAUUUCGUGUUUGUUGCCAACAGUCAUACGCCUGAAGAGCGACUCACAGACUCAUGUCCGAAGUCAGUCAGCUGGAUUGCUCAAAUCCUGGAAAUCAGGGCUGCCGAUGAGGAAUGUGUCUACGCACGCGUUGUUUUGAAUGAGCUAAUUGCCUCCAAUCACUUGGACAUCAUCGAUUUUCGCUCAGUCUGUGGACUUGCGACAGUCGUUCCUUGGGCUGACUCGGAAGAUGAAGAGAUACCUGUUCAUGCUUGGUAUUGGCGGCAAGCAUACGAUUGCCGAACUUGA